AUGGCCCUUCGCACUACAGAUGCCUUGGAAAACUCCCGCGUGGCCACAGGCCACGCUGCUGCUCCGCCUGGAAGAGUUGUGACUCUGGUUGAAGAUCCUGAGGGGUGUGUAUGGGGUGUUGCUUACAGAUUGCCGGCUGGACAAGAAUGUGAAGUAAAGGCAUACCUGGACUUCAGAGAGAAAGGAGGCUACAGGACCACAACUGUCAUCUUCUAUCCAAAAGACUCGUCCGUAAAACCGUUUGAUGUGCUGUUGUACAUUGGAACUUGUGACAACCCUAACUACCUUGGGCCGGCACCUCUAGAAGAAAUCGCUGAACAGAUUUUUAAUGCCGUUGGUCCUAGCGGAAGGAACACGGAAUACCUGUUUGAACUUGCUAAUUCUAUCAGAAAUCUCGUACCGGAAGAUGCAGAUGAGCAUCUCUUUUCCUUAGAGAAACUAGUAAAGGAACGCCUGGAAAAGCAUCAAAACCUAAACUGUCUAUAA